UCCGUACCUCACAGGAAACAUUACGUCUCCGCUACAAAGCCCAACCGGUUAAUGCUGUUUAAAGAAACAGUCGUUGUUUAUCGUGAGACCCAUAGGGAGAGCCGUACACAAUCUCUCAUUACAUAACUGACCCACAUCGUGCAAGCUAGCGCCCCUUUCAUCAGGACCAACAGUUACGCAACUGAUAUGGUAGGGUGAACUUAUAAUGGCUCAGCAGGGAAACGCCUCGGUGUCAGUGUCACGAAGGCGCCCGACGUGUGAACACGGCGUCAGUUUCUUGCGGACAGAUGACGGCGCCCUCUGUCCUGCCCUCCACCAAGAAGCAACUGCGGAGGAGUGCCACCAUUCGAAUCACAACGGGUUUACUUCCAAUAACGACAUGCGGCGCGAAGAUGAAGCGAACAUUGGUUUGGUUGGUCUGUCUGUUUUUGGUGCUGUGCUACGGCGGUACGUGGUACUACAGCACAACGCGUCAAGUGCUCGCAUGUGCUAAUGACAACUCAUUUGCAAGAGAUGUGUUCUUGAAAGCCAACAAAACAUCAACAGGUGUCGGAGCACGCGAACCCUGCAAUGCCGUACGAGAGGGCCUUCGCGAUCAGCCAGAAGGAGUCUUCCAAAAUGAAGAGGUGAAAUUGAACUCUGAAAGAUCACAUGCAGUUACACACACAGACUCAGUCACAGGGAAAAAUCAGCUCAACUUCACUGACCACGCAAAGUACAACAAAUCAGAAGCAACAAAACUGUCAACACCGACACAAUCGGGCGUCGAACCAACAACCGAAACAAUUAUCUUCACAGACAACGGGCAGCUUUCAGAGCGAAACGUUGUUCAACAGGAACCAGUUCCUGGAGAAAAGCACAUCAUAUUUCUUGAAACAUGCUGUGUUUUAAACGAUUCCGUAUCAAGCAGUCAGUUAGGUUUAAUUAUCCAUCCUCGGGGUGCUUGCGCGGUUGCAUCUGCCGCAAACACGAACCCUGACAUGACGGUGUACCUCCUAUACACGUGCUCGGUGCGCGGCGGCCUCGGUGGCUCACCUGAAUACGUGAAGCAGAUGUUGUCGUAUCCCAAUGUGAAGCUGUGGAAGCUCACUGUCCCGGAGUACAUGUGGGGGACUCCGCUGCAGAACUGGGACUUCAUGGGGAAAGUGAAGUCGUCCCGUUGGCCACUGCCUCACUCCAGCGACAUCCUCCGUUACGUGACCCUCUGGAAGUAUGGCGGCAUAUACGUGGACCUGGACUUCGUGUUCCGGAAGCCCCUUGCCCGACUGGGGACCAACUACGCUGGGGCACAAUAUGACGGUUACAUAGCCAGUGGCGCCCUCAAUUUCGACAUGGACACUGCCGGGCGGGUUGCAGCACACCUGUGCCUUCGUGACAUCCAGAGGAACUUCCAAGGAUACUCGUGGGACCAAAACGGUCCGGCCGUGAUCACCAGAGUCCUUGAGAACUUGUGUGGCACCAAACGCGUGUCUAACAUGACGAGGCAGGAAUGUCUGGGCUUCGCCGUCCUCCCGCAAAAGGUAUUCUACGUCAUUUCUUAUCCAGCCUGGAGGCUCCUGUUCAAUCCUUCUCAGAGCAAGGAAACCAUGAAGAAGGUGGCGGACAGUUACGGGGUGCAUGUGUGGAACAAGAUGAGCAGCCAAGAGAACGUCACUGUGGGGUCGGAACAGGCGUACGGCCUGCUGGCUGCGACUUAUUGCCCGCGCGUGUAUUCGAACUCUGGUCCGAUAUUCUGAUAGACUGAUGCUGUGUGUGUCAUAUGAGGAGAUGUAUUCGGGAGGAACCCGUUUCGAAUCUUGGUCAGGACACCAACUAUUCUGAAUGAAGGAUUUCAGUUGUCCGCAGUCUCUCUGGGCAGAUGAAGCCUCGAGUGCUCACUUGCACGCUCCGUCCAGUUUACUGUUCAUUGAUCAUCCAACCUAAUUAAGCCACAAACAAAUUAAUGCAGGUAUAUAUGUUAUCGAGUGAUGCGUCGAGGCCAUUUUUUUUCGACUGAUGCCAUAUGUCAGACACGGAGAGUAAGUAUGUCUUCUGUAAGCUCAAACAAUUAUCGGUACAUGAAACUGGUUAAUAAAUGUAAUUCCAGUGAUGGAGGUUAGCUCUUUCUAAGCUGUCUCACCCCCCCCCUCAUCUGAGGACGGAAACAGACCCAGUUUCCCAAACGUUGCGUUUUCUAGUUUUCAGAAUAUCGGACGAUGGUAAAAAAAAGGUAAAGCUAUCCCUGUAACAGGCCGUGGAGGCCCAUAGUAUUG